AUGUUUAAAAGAUCGGCACUAGAUCUUUGGAAAGAAGAAGAGGGACGGACAAGCAUAGUGACGUUUUGCAAGGAUCUUGAUCUUGCACUGGGCAGUGGUAUAUCUGCAGGAGUCAUAACAGAAAUAUGUGGACCUCCCGGUAGCGGGAAAACACAACUGUGCUUACAGCUCCUGAUAAACGUUCAAAUACCCCGGCAACUAGGCGGUGUGGAGGGAUGCGCCGUGUAUUUGGAUACAAAUUAUGGGUUCUCUCCGCAGCGAGUACGAGAAAUGGCUCAUGCAUGCCAAAUCCAUUGUAGGAAUCUCGCGUUGUUUCGAAAACUAAAUCCAACAGACGUAUUAUCUGGAUUCACACAAGACACGGCUUUGGACGGUAUAAUGUAUUCUCAUGUAUCAAGUUACAGUGAAAUUAUAGAAGCAAUUGCUGUGUUGCAAAAUAAACUUUAUGAUCAUGAAAAGAUAAAACUGAUAGUAAUUGAUUCUCUUUCAUUCCUCAUACGAAACACGACAAGCAGCUCGUUGAAACGAGUGAAGCAUCUUCAUGAAAUACUUACGCUCUUGCAUAAACUUGCGAAUCGAUUUGGCUGUGCAGUUAUUGUUACGAACGAUGUAACCACGCGAAUUUCGGACAAUGAGACUUCGGAACGACGGAUGGAAGAUCCCCGGAUUGUACCCGCACUUGGCGAAAGCCAUUCUCACAAAAUCAAUCAACGGAUUUUAUUGGGCAGGGAUGAAACCUGCUCCAAUCUUCAUAAUCUCGAACAAAUUAGCUAUGUUGCCUCAAUAGAAAAAGGACACUUUCCUCCAGUUACGAUACCGUUUCGAAUUGAGUCUGUAGGCAUUCGAAGCAUCAAACAAAAAGUGUCUAUUUGA